AUGGCUAGUUCUUUACCGAAUCCAUGUGAAGAAUCAAAGGUUUUCCCGCCAAUAGAAGUUGAACAUGUGAGUUUUUUAGUUCUCAUUUGUCUCUCUCUCGAGAUUUUCAUAGUACAAGGGUCUUUUUGAUAUCACAUCAAUUUAGAUUGUCUUUUCUUUAACUGUCUCUGUGGGUAACUAAUAAUGCCUCAUCUGAAAAUGAAUGCUUGACGGGACUCUCCUAAUCUUUGCCCACCCGUCUAAAAUAUCACUCUCUACUUAUCUGCAUAUGUUGAUUCAGAGGUCUGCACCCCUGCUUGAGUUGUUAACAUGAUAGUAAAUUGUCAAGUACCAAGUAUAAUAAGUAAGGCAUUAUUGUAGACUUAUCAACUAGCACUUACUUAUCCACUCCACUCGUUAUCGCUCCUGACCUUGUUGCUAAAUCGCAGCGUGAUUGUGAUUCUUAACCGACUUUACGGAUACUCGAGGAUAUUCAGCUGGUGUUCAAACAACUAAGAUCUACAUAAGAUUGCUUUUGUCGAAUUUCUUAAGCUCCUUAACGAACUACAACCGUUCAGUUUUCAUUUUAGUUGGAAGAGUGGUUUGUAAUUAAAGACCUCUAAUCUCUAACGUCAAAAAGCGAAUUUUACGAAUGCGGUUUUGCCGUAUGUCUUUUCUCUUGCUCUGGCUGUUAGGAUCAACGUUUGCCGCAGUCUGGAUCUUUACACGCAAAUAAUUUUGCUACUCACUCCACAUCAUCCUCUUCCACUCCAUCAAAAUCCCGGAGGUUUACCCCGCCGCAAGUCAGCACUUAUCUUGCGCCUAUCAACCCGGUCUUCAAUAGCAGCGGGGAAGCGUGCUCCGCCAUUUCUUUAUCGCCGGCCAGAAGUUUCCAUUCAGCACAGGCCAUAACAACGGUUGCAACCACUACCGCUGCCUCUAAUAACGCUUUCUACGAUGAACAGACAGUUAUCCUGGAACGACUUGCCAGAGAAAGAAAAGUUCUCAGUGGACUAGUUGAUCAACUACAGCGCGAAGCUGCUGUCAAGGAGACUAGUAUCAAGAGACUGGGAGACGAUAUUCAUGAACUCAAACAGCGGAUUGAGCAGAAAGAUGCCCUUAUCACCCAUCUACAGGCAAAGGUUUGGUCUUUCGUAAUCUCUAUCGUUUUAUUGGUCUCCGCUUUUUUUUGUCCCAUGUGACUGCCUGUGCUUAAGGUCCAGAUCUUUUACUUUGCCUCCGCAGUGCGCUCAGUUGGACGAAUUAUCUAAGCGAGAGUUCGAUCGGGUCGCGCUGGAGAGAGAGAUACACACACGCGAGAAGGUAAGAAGAGAGCUAUUGCUGAUGUUUGACAUUCCAUGGCCGGAGGAAUACUACCUGUUCAUCUCCCUUUUCAGCGAUGUUCAGCCGCGGAGCUGAAGUGUCAAGCACUGGGAGAUGAGUUGAAGGCUGCUAGGGGUGAGAUUGAAGAGACACAGGAAGAACUAAAGAUCAAAAACAGCAACAUUGAAACGUUAGAGGACAGGUUGAAGACAAUGAGUCAACAGCUGGACGAACUGGAGGAGUCUGAACGCAGUUCCAGAAAAGAGAUUACAGAAAUUGAGUGUCAGGUGGGUGAUCAAUUAGUCAGUGUGGGCUGUUAUCAGCCAGGGUUGCCUUGUUGUCUGAGCAUACAUUUUUCCAUUUGUAUUGUACAUUUUCGAACUGAUUUGUUUGAUGGGCUGACUGUUUCUGACAUAAUAUCUCAGGGAGAGAAAUAGCGUUUCGGUAUAUUAAAUGUUUUUGCCUUAAUACGUGUUUGGAGAUUCCCCAAAAGACCAUUUUUACGUAUGAGUCAAUCUAAGAUUUCUUGGGUAUCAUCACUUUUUCACAUGACGGUUAGCACCGCUUGAAGACCGACUUAACAAAACGUUGCGAAACAUGGUCGGUGGUGAACUGUGGUUAACUGUGGAAAUAAUCAUGGAAAUAAAACGACAACAGAAUUAAUACGCGUAUAAGCAACUACCCUUCCCAUAUUAUUAUUUUUCCUUAUUGUCUGUCAGGAAUCGCUGUCACAGUAGUUUAAUAACCCUUAGUAACUUUGAAACUAAGGUACGGGGAGGAAUGACAAUGUUGGAAAGAUGUUUGUAAAGAAGCCUGUCGAGGAUUCGAAUGGAAUUCAAUACUUAAAGCGAGGGCUCGCAUUGAUAUUGGUCAAGCUGCACUGACGUGCCCAUAGGAAAUGUGGAACGUCAGCCAACGUCAUAUAUGGGAUUGACGCUAAUGAGUCACUCUUCCGUGAAAAACAUCGAAUAGGUUCGCUUGCGGGCGGUAAAAUGCUAUCGUCGCGUCAACGCCAUCAUUUGUAUCAUUUCCGUCUGGCGUCGUUGCUGCAGGCUGACAGCUUCGUAGUUCGACCGUUAAAGCUGUAUAUCGCCGAAAUAGGCAUAACAAUGUCGCUUACCAUUGUCCUUCGAGUUUUUUGCCUGUGAUAGCCCACGUAUAUAUGACUUGCUUUUGGAUCUCUAUUCUGGAGCUCCAGAGAAUACCAAAGCGGCCGCAAGUUAAACGGCAAUCACUUUAGAUCCCGAUUGGCAAGGCUUGAAUGGUAGAGCCUUUGAUCUUGAAACCAAAUAAAACUGUACUGACGUUCGCGGUUUGUCGGUCCAACAAUGAAAAUGUGGGGACUGACGAUUGUAAAUAAGUCGGUCAUAGUUAUUCGAAUUUCCGCUAUCCUCUUUCGCAAAUCUUCCGGUACGUAAGAGCAUUUGCGCCUGCAAACUUAAUAGUUUACCUUUGUAGUCCACCUCAGGGACCAUCAAAAGCAUCAUUUAUUAUUUUAAUCAUUGAUACCAUGAUGGUUCGACAAAGAAGUCCAUUAAAGCUGGGUAUCAGUAAUUCAGUCUGCGCACGCCCUUUCAAGUAAGAACAUUGAAGUAUUGGGGACGUCAUCUCAUUUGGUAAAUUAAGCCUCACUGAACUUGCUCAUCGUUCAGAAACCCAGCUUUCUGACUUCAAGCGCAAUGAUUGAGUGCCCUUAGUCAGUUGUUCUUGGAACUAGUUGCGUUUUUUCCGGUUAUGAUUAUUGCAAGACUGUCGUUUUGCCAUAAGCACUCCUACGGCGAGCUAAGACGCCUGGCAGGAGUAGAGUUUCCAAGAAAAUCUCGUUCGCAUAUUCUUUUCUAUGUGAAAAUCGACUCUAUAUAGGAAGUCAGAUACGCAACUCAACUAUCGAUGACAAAAUAUCGGUCUGCUCUUUGUAGUCCACUGUUCUUCGUCCCAAAUGGGAUUUCUGAUUAUCCUUAUUAUCUUUGUUAUGAGUAAUAUCAUGAACUUAGGCAAUGUUUAAGAUGUCGAAUCUCACCUGCGGCUUUUUCGGUCUCUACCUCCAGCUCAAGGGUUUUCGAGAUCGACUCCAACAAAUACUCUUCGGUCUGGACAGCAACGGCGAAAGUCUCGCGGAGGCAACCCUCACAUUAAGUGCUUCUGCAGUUGGCGACCAGACCAGCACCAAUCCUGCGUGCCCUGAGGACGAGCAGAAGGGGGAGAGCAUUGACGAGAAAAUACUAAACACAGUCAGCAGGCUCAUGAAGGAUGUCUCCAGCCUGCAUGCAGACGUGAAUCUUCUACGGCAGGAGAAGGCUUCGCUCGAGAAUACAAGGGACGAGAUUCAGAAUGAGGCCUUCACAUGGGCGUCAACCGUUGAGAAUUUACUCGUAAGUCGUCCUUUACGUACAUAUGUGUAGAAAUGGUCAUUUUAGUCUCCCAUCUCCUUGUCGCUUUUCCUUUGUCUUUGAGGGCACUCAUUCCAUUGCGUUCACUGAUCGGGUUACGGAGCAUGCUCGUCCCGUUGUACCUUGAGGCUGGAUCCGGAGCCCUUUAGGGCAGUCCCAUGGCAACCAUGGAUAUAUAUACAUAUAUAUAUAUAUAUAUAUAUAUAAUGACAGAUAGCUGAUGACGGUUAAUAUAUGGAUGAGCACUUAGGACUUUCUUUCAGUUGUUGAUGAUGCUGGAGGUCUAAUGAAUAGUUCGUAUGUGAGCAUAGGUCUACGAGUUCAAGUAAGGCCAUUGCGAGAACAUCGAGGCGUAGGACUGUCGGAACUCUUAUGUGCAUUGCCUUGCUAAAUCGAGCAGUUAGGAGACUACGUCGACGUCGACCAUUAGCUCGUCUGGGAAUAUCGUGAUUAUCUGUAAUUUCAUUAAGAUCUCUACAGAAUUCUCGAUGAACGUUUUACAAUUCCUUGUAAGUGGGGGAGGCUGAUGAACAGCCUCUUUGAAAUUUUGCAGUCGGAUGCACCAGUUAACGGUAUUAUCGGCCGCACUGUAAUACCGGCGCUUCUAGCCCCUUCUCUUUUUUCCUGAGAUUUUUUCUACCAUGGCAGCUAACUCAAUGUGCCGACUGAUGCAUGACACGUCUGAUUGCAUGGCUCCGAGUAACUCUCAUAGGGCAGACGCCGACGAUACAAGUCGUGUCAGUUUUCGAUAUUCGUUUCUCAUCUCGUCGUCAAACUCAUGGACGACUUCCUACAGCAGCUAAAUCCUCAUCCGGGCCUAGCGAACUGACCAAAUUGUGCAACAGUACGAGGCUACUGAAGCCCACCGCGCUUGGCUGUGUUCGUUCCCAUUCGUCCUUUUGACAAGAAUUAAGUAUAUGCGCGGGGUUAGAAAGCGCUGACUGUUUUUAUCCAUUUUCACCAGGGUUGUAACACUUUUGUUUUACUGACAGACGUACGCAUUCCACUUAACAACACUUCGAGUAUUUUUUUAACUGCCUUACUGCUCUCUGUGCCGAUUCUUUUAAGUGAGCUUUCCUCUUACUGGAGAAUUACGUAUAGGCGUGCAGAAGAAUGAAGCAAUGUUAACCCUUCAACAGCGCCGACACAUUGGGACGAUAUACUUCAGCGAAUAUCAUCUUGCCGACGAAGAGCCGGCCAAAACUCUGCCGAACAAACCUACUUUUAAAAAUAUUGUGGGCAGUGCUCCACGGUUUUUUCUUACCCCUCGGAUAUACUUAACCCUUACCGUACCUUUGAAACUCGUGCAUGGAAUCCAAAUUGACCAUGCCACUGACAUGGGUGAAAUUGAUAGCGAAGCUCAUGAAGACUAGUUUCAACUCCAGAUUUAUUUACUACGACUUCUAAAACAAUAUAUCGGGCAGCUGAUACGGAUUAUCACUAACACGCAGUCGCGGUUGCUGUCGCGAGUCUGCCCCACGCUUUAUUUUUUUAAAGAAACCAACGCUAUUUUCGUCCUCCUCAACUGUAUGCAUCAGAUUAACUACACACCUCAAAGCCCACGUGAAAAUCUUGGCCGACUGACUACCCACCAACGCUUAUUCCCUGCAAAGUUCAAUUACCGUGAGUCAUGAUCGCCGUCUCUGUCUACUAACCAGCUGUUCUCUGUUGUCAGCCAGUGCACUCCCCUUGUCGAUUGUAUUUUUUUGACUACUGCUGGUUUUCCAGUGGAUUCUGGUCCACUCUCAGCCCCGGAUGUUUGGUGCUGGUGGUUUGAUAGAAAAAUAACGAGGCGGUCGACGUUUAAUGGACCUCGGUUAAUCUCCUGGUGCCAGUUCGGUCGCUAUUUCUUGAGUUUGGCUGUCAUGGUAACCAUCCCUCAUGCGCGGAUGAAUUCGCGUGGCUCCGUAACAUCGAUGUUUUGCCACGCUCAACUUGCAUUCCUUUGUGUCCUUUUAGACAUGUCUGGAUUCCUUUGUAUUCUUGUUACAGAAGCAUGAAAGCGAUGGUCACUGGAUCCCUUCUUCCAAGUUGGACAACGCGCUGAACGUUGUUAAGUCAAUGGUGGCCAGAAAUAACGUGUGUGCACCUCUUUCCAUCACGCAGUCAUGCCUGCUACUGGCAUUGGAAAUAUGGAUCGCCGAGAGAGAACGUAUGAAAGAGGCCUUCGCGAAUAGCUUGACCUCUAUCAAGGCCGUGGGACUUCAAGGUCAUUUGAUGAUAUUAAUGCACAUGUGCCGGUUUUUGCAUAUUUUAGACCGAUUUAGCGUCAGGAUUCCUCUUCAGAGUAUAUUCCACCCAUCAUAGUGUACCAGAGAUAAAUGGCUGAACAAGAUUUAAUCAGACUCCACCCUUAUUCUGACCGCAACUCCCACUGCCGUCGGUGGUACUGAUUAAGUGGUGCUCCUUGACCAAGGAGAAGCUAGGUCACCUCAGACGGAGGCCGUCUUUAAGAACAAACCACGGGCCCUGCUACAAAUGUUACAAGCAUUCCUUGAAGCAAAAGAAAUACAGGAAUAUUUAAGUCUUUUGCUGUUACUCUCAAAGCCUUGUCUUACAAUAUUCGUGGUGUUGGGCACUUUAAUGCCCACUUAGCAAACAAACACAUGCGCAGGGAAUCUGCCAAGUCGAUAGAAGCGAAGAGACGAGUCCCAGGAAGCAGUCUUGAAGAAGGAGACACGAUCGCCGGGACAAGAGCUUUAUUAGCCUGACGUUUCGGAUUCCUGCUCUAACCCAUCCUCAGAGACAAAAGCAGAUAUGGGUGGUUCCUGCACAAGGGGCUGCAUUAUUUAUAGGAUGCAGUCGUCAUGCUACCGCGUUGUGCAUUGUGCACUGGGGGCGAGCAGUAUACCCGCCGGUGCUCAUGCUGGCGGCGGUGGUGCUGGUGGAGGUGGUAGUAGUAGUAGUAGUAGUAGUAGUAGUAGUAGUAGUGCAGUAGUAGCAGAAGUAGUAGUAGUCGUAGUAGUAGUAGUAUUAGUAGUAGUAGUAGUAGUAGUAGUAGUAGUAGUAGUAGUAGUAGUAGUAGUAGUAGUAAUAGUAGUAGUGGUAGUAGUAGUAGUAGUAGUAGUAGUAGUAGUAGUAGUAGUAGUUGUAGUAGUAGUAGUAGUAAUAGUAGUAGUAGUAGUAGUGCAGUAGUAGUGCAGUAGCAGUAGUAGUAGUAGUAGUUGUUUUUGUUGUUAUUAUUAUUAUUAUUGUUGUUGUUGUCGUCAUCGUCGUCGUCGUAUUGAUGCCGAUAAUUAUCGUUUUUAUUAAUUCGGCGGCUUUCCUUCUUUUAGAUCCGGAGUUCUGCCCUCCAGAAAUUGCCGAAAAUGAACUUGCCUGGAUACACCAGCUCUCUGCUCUCAGUGUUCGCGUCCUUAAAGCCGUCUCGCAACUGCGUAAAGACCUACAGACUGCGGAGCAAGAAGGAAAGGAAGAACUUCGUAGGAUCACAGAGGAGAUGGAGAAACGGAUUGGAGCAGCAUCUGAAGCCUCCUCUGAAUGCAAGUGA